AUGAACAUACAGACCAUGAUUAUCCACCGCCAGCAGAGGGCACUCCCUAUGUGGCUCUGCGUUAUGCUCGCAACAGCCGUCGUCGCAACACCCGUCCAAGUUCCACCAGGAAGUCGCAAUUAUGGCCUCGAUGGCCCCUGGACUUCUUUGAGAAUACUUGUGAGCCGAGACUACGAACGCGAAGCAUACGAUCCCAACAAGUACGACGCGUUCGAUGUAUUUCCUGGAGGUUGGCUCGCGAGCAUACUGCCUACGGUUGACAUGUGUGAUGGCAAUCCAAAAUGCGGCACCGGAGGCAGAUUCAAUCCAAACACAAGUAUCCCUAACGAUCUACGAACUGCUUUCGUCCCCGAGGUGCGCAGAGCCAAUGGUGGUGGCAACAUGGACAUGACAGGGCCGAUCAGGCCACACUCACUCGCGACCCCGGGUCCGAAUGGGGCAGAUAUGGCACGAAAUACGAUACCAAACUCGGGAAAAGUUGCCCUCACAUCGGGAAACUAUGUCGUCGGAGAAAACGAGUCAAAAGGGCCGCCUAUUGAAGUAGGAUACCUGACACUGGGUGGGCGUGGGGCUUGGGAAAUCACUGGUGUAGAUCACUGGCCUCCAGGAUCAUGGCUAGCCAACCAAAGUGUCACCAUGUCGAACAGCUUUGGAUUGCACGUCGGCUCGGCAGCUCUCAACUAUUCGGCCUCUAUGUACUACGGCGGUUACGACCGGGGCAGAACAAUCGGCCCUAUCGUAGAGUUCGGCAGGAGUGCAGCAUAUCUUCAAGACAUAGUCAUCGGUGUCGAAACAGGAGGGUCUCCUUUUUCUUUCAACGACACACAAACAGGCCUCCUCCGGAAUGGGCAGGGCGAGCAGAGCUCCAUCCCAGUAUCUUUCCAGCCCAUUGAGUCUUACCUUGCGCUUCCACGGCCGACUUGCGAAAGGGUAGCCUCGCUGCUGCCUGUGACAUACGAUUCGGCACUCAAUCUAUACCUGUGGAAUACCGACGACGCGCGAUACACGACCAUCGUGUCAUCGCCUGCAUAUCUUGGCUUUGUAUUUUCACCCUCAGUGACUUCUUCGCAACGCGUCACUAUCAAAGUGCCUUUUCGUCUUCUCAAUCUGACGCUGGACCCACUGUAUUCCGGUCGACCGUCCGCGAUCCCCUACUUUCCGUGCCAACCUUGGGUCCCAUCAGAGCAACUUACAUCAGAUGAUGACUGGCCAACGGAAGGCACGUACAUCCUGGGCAAAUCAUUCCUACAAGCAGCUUUCUUUGGUCGAAAUUGGGACAACAGCAAAGGGUGGAUCGUACAGGCUCCUGGUCCGGGCGCGAUGCGAAACGGUCUCGGAGAAGAUAUUAAAGACAUAAAUCGCGAUGAUACAGCGAUUUAUACCAACAGUGAUCUCGGUCUUUUCGCCUCGUCCUGGACGGAUCACUGGACACCCCUCGACGAUUCAACGAGCAACAAUGGCAGCAACACUGACGAUAACGAUGCCGGCCUAUCGACAGGUGCAAAAGCUGGAAUAGGCGCUGCUGUUGGGAUAGCUGCUCUAGCUGCCAUAUCUGUGGCCUUGUUUUUCGUUCGGAGACGGCAGCGAGCAUCCAAAUCUCAAAGGCUUUCGGAGACUCGGAAUGUCCAAGACAUACAGAUUGUGAACUCAGACCCCAAAGGCAUAGAAUACUACCCGAUAGCCGCAGUUGAAGCUCCAUCUUGGACAACUAGUCCUCGAGAAUUGGCAGCUCAGGGUGAAAGGCAGGAGUUGGCAGGUCAAGAUAAGCGGCAGGAGUUGGCAGGUUAG